ACAUUCACGGCAUGGUGCAACAGUCAUUUGAGAAAAGCGGGCACAAGCAUCGAAGUUAUUGAGGAAGAUUUCAGAAAUGGUAUUUUACUGCUUCAAAGAGACAUUGAAUCUGACUUGACUGAGCAUAUUUUGAAAAAAAAUUUAGGGUUGAAGCUGAUGUUGUUGCUGGAAGUAAUUUCCGGUGAAGCGUUGCCGCGGCCGGAUCGCGGCAAAAUGCGCUUUCACAAGAUCGCUAACGUCAAUAAAGCGUUGGAAUAUAUCGAAAGCAAAGGCGUCAAAUUGGUUUCCAUUGGCGCAGAAGGUCUGAAAUUAUUGGGUUUUUCGGAAUUUUUUUUUUUU